AUGCUUCAGAUUCAACCUCAAGACAGCAUGGAGAAUAAACAGCUGCAAUUACUCUUAGGAAGGGAAACUAACCCAGCAACUGAAAACCAGUCCUUUGAGAUGCUAAAAGAUCUAGCAUUGAAGUGGUUUAUGGAGACACAGGUUCCUCUUAUAUUACAGAAUGGUAUUUUACCUGAGUGGUUCUAUGGAUUCAUUACAAGAAAGCAGAGUGAAGAGCUGCUUAAAGACAAAGAUGUUGGCUGUUUUCUUAUCAGAUUAAGUGACAGAACAAUUGGUUACAUUCUGUCAUAUAGAGGAAAAGAUCGAUGUCGGCAUUUCGUCAUUAAUCACCUACGGAACGGACAUUAUGUAGUAUCAGGGGAUACCUGUACCCAUGAAAGCCUUGCAGAGCUGAUAAGCUAUUACCAGACUUCAGAAAUCAACCCUUUUGGAGAAAAUCUUACAACAGUUUGUGCUCAGCCAAUUGAGAAUAGUUUAUAUGAUGAGAUCGCUUUGGAUCAGCAAACCUCUUCAAAGCAAAGUAAAUCAAACAGUGGAGAAGUCAAUCCCUUGCUGAAAAGGCAAGUGUCUGGCAGCUCACAAACCACUGUGCUAAUGAAGGAAGCCACCUCUGUACCUCCAAAGUCAAAGACAGAGCACAAGAACUUUAACCCCCAGGAUCCAGACAUAGCCCCACCACUGCCGGAUAGGAUCAGCUUGCUUAUGCAGGAGACAUUCAAGCUAGACUUAAACGAUCAAGGAAACACUAUAUAUGCGGAGCUGAACAAACAUCAUCUGAAUGUCAGAGGCCUUAGUUUGGAGACCCACUCUGCCACUGACAAAGUCCUCAUUGAGAAACCAGCCUGUUCCUCACAAGGAGACACCCAGCAAAAACCAGGAGAACCAGACCGAGCAAACUACUCUCCUUGCAAAAAAAUCAGCUCGGUGUAUGCUUUGGCUAAGCAAGCUGAACGUUUCUAUGACAAAAAAAUUGAUCUUAUAAAGCUAUCGCCUCCAGAAACUGUUUAUUCUGAAGUUAAGCUUGAGCAAGGUAAAAGCCAUUCCACACUUCCUUGGGGUCAAAAUGUCCAUUCUCUAUCACUUUGUCCAUCAACUUCUGCAGACACAAAGAAGUUGACAUUAAGUACUCCUGCUUCAACACUCCCUAAGUUGUCUCCUAAGUUACCUAUAAAAGCUAGGACCUCUGUGGAGUCCCAAGGUUCAGAAGAGCUAUUUGCACCCUAUGCAACCUCCCUCCAAAGCAAUGAUGGGCUUAGAAAACCAAACAAGAUCCUUAGUGAUUCACCAACACCUAGCACAUAUGGGCAGAUUGAGAAGGUGAAAGCUUGUAAGCCUUUUGCUUCUGGCUCUGAUAGUGGGAACAAUACUUAUGAACAGAUUCCUGUUGGACGUCCAAAGUCAUCUACCCAUGACCAAGCUUCUGAGAGACAUUCUAAGUCUUCUCAAGUACAGCCCAAUGAUACUUAUGAUGAGGUGUCUUCUUUGAACAUAGGAUCCUCCAGAACAGAGAACUGUACUGAAAAUACAUAUGAAAAGAUCCCUGAGAAUCUCCAGAAAGGCUCAUCUGCAAAGCAAAUUCCUGCUACUGAUAACACGUAUGAGCAAAUUUCCCUAGACCUUGUGAAGGGAGCAGAAGCAAAACCAAACCAGAAGAUGGACAAGCGAAGAAGAUUUUUUUUUUCUGACAAGAAGAACAAAUCCUGAAGGAGGAGUUUUAAAUUUGUUCCAUUUAGCCUAGACUAAAGAUCAUAGAAAAACAUGCAGACAAAUUCAUCCCUUGUGUAAUUUCCCCAAUGGCUGUCGUAAACCAGGGACAUGUUUAGCCUGUACUAUAAUAGCACAAAUAGAGAUGAAAUGCUGGAAAAUGAAUACCUGUUGUUUGUCAAAUAGUUACAAAGGCCCCAGCUCAUAGAAAUCUGCACAACUUCAAUUUUCUUUUCACUUGAGCCAUGUGAAUUUAGGACCAAAUUCAGGCACUGACCUAGAGUCCUAAGCCCAGGAGCAUGAAACACAUGGUGGAAGUUGGCCACCCCAUGCCAAUUCUCCCCCAAGCUUGUGGGGAAGCAAUCCCUCCAUCACAGACAGUUUUAAAUUAGAAUAGGGGAGAGACACAGAUUGUGUGGAUCAGCUGAAAGUUUGUAUCCAUCUUGCCUUGUGUGUCCCUGGUUGGGUAGAGAAACAGGGAUAGCACUGUUUUGAUAUCUGUUUUUAAGGAACCAGUUUAGAGCUAUUCAGCUAGGAAGCCAUCCUGGACCUGCAGUGCAACAACAACUUUAUUGAACAUACAAAUUCAUGAACAAUAUUGCAGACCCUGUUGUAAUAAGAACUACUGGCAUAUAUGAACUUGUGUUCCCUGUCUGUAGAAACUUGUAACUCUUAUUCUUAGCCUAUAAGCUCUUUAGAAGCAAGGACUGUCAGUGCUUUUGUUCUUUGUACAGUGCCUAAAACAACAGGGUCCUGGUCUUUGACUGGGGCUCCACAAUUCACAUCACACCCACCUUUUUAUUAGGGUGGUCAAGAGAUUAAAUAAAUGGUAUUCUAUUAUUGUUUAACCACAUGAUUAAUUUUAAAAAAUUUUUGGAUGCUUUCUAUAUUUUCAAUUAUAUUGAUUUCAAUUAACACAGAAUAGUGUGCAGCGCUCACUUUAUAUUUUUGAUUACAAGUGUUUGCACUGUAAAAAGACAAAAUAGUAUGUUUCAAUUCACCUAACACAAGUACUGUAGUGCAAUUGAGUGCAGUUAUGUAACAAAAAAAAAUCUACAUUUGUAAGUUGCACUUUCAGGACAAAGACUGCACUACAGUACUUGUGUUAGGUGAACUGAAACAUACUAUUUUUUCUGUUUAUCAUUUUUACAGUGCAAAUGUGUAAUCAAAAUAUACACUGAUUUCAAUUACAAUACAGAAUACAAGAUAUAUGAAAAUGUAGAAAAACAUCCAAAAUAUUUAAUAAAUUUCAAUUGGUAGUCUCUUGUUUAACCAUGCGAUUAAAACUACAAUUAAUGUUUCUGAGUUAAUCGCAUGAGUUAACUACAAUUAAUUGACAGCCCUACUUUCUAUAUACCACUCUCAUGACAGAAGUAAUUGAGUAAUGCCACUAAAUUAUUUCAAUAUGGUAUUUUUCCAUUUUUAAAAAAUCCUCAGCCUGAUUCUAAUCAGACAUCAGUUUUACAUUGGUUAAACUCCAUUUGCUCAAGUUAUUCCUGAUUUGCAGAGAUGUAAGUAAAAGCAGGACAAAGCCCUUUGAACUCAAGUUAAUGUAGUUAUUUAUUUUGAAAUCACCACACUGAAUGUUGAGGACAGAGCAAUACUUUCAUACUUUUUGUUUGGGACUUAGAAUUAAAUGCCUCAGAUAUGUGUAACUGUAACAGUCCCACCUCACCACUGUAGCACUUCCUGCUGGUCGUUCUGGGAAUUAGCUCAGUCUUUUCAAAGGGCACCCGCCUCUGGUAGUGUCUCACCACCAUCACUUCUGCUUCAGACACACAUCAUCUCAAGGAUUGCAACAUCCUCUUCAGGACACAGCCCUCCAGCCAUGCCCCAUUCCAUUCUCCCCCACUUCCUGGGAAACAGCAGUCCUCUGUCAAGCCACUCGCCUCCAUGGCCAACUGCAGCCCAAGGUUCUAGCUACUUGCUAGAGUGGCAAACUGCAGCCCUUCACUGGCCACUCCUCUCAGUGGCAAGUGUGGGGGGCGGAGGGGGGGAGAAGAAGACCCACACCCACCCCCUACUUCAACCCCCACCACGCAUUUCCCUUGGCCACUUCCAUAUAGCCCUAGCACCUUCUCUGCCUCUGUAUCAGGGCUUCAGUCUUUCCGCCAGUCAGACUAAAGUGCCCUCUUGCUCCCCCAGCCCCCUGGCAGUUCCCUCAGCCCUUCAGGAACCCAGAUCUGAACACCCCCAAAACUUUGUGAGAUUCAAAAUCCAGAUCUAAGCUUUGUACCUUGGGCUUGUCCAUCAUAACAACCCAUCGGAAUCUUUGCCCAAAACUAAAAGCAAAAGUUUGCAUCUCUCUGAACUUCUUCAUUUCAGCAGGGACUGGAGGGAGAAAUAUCGUGAAAAGAUACAUCAAUUCUCAUCCAGUCUAGAAGCACUGGGAAUCUUGCAAGAAAGCAUGUUCUUGUAUCAUUUCUGGCCAGUCUGAUGUAUUGACCACAUUUGUUCAAAGAAAUAUCAGUGCCAAACUCCCAUCCCUUUCUUGAUGUUUUCUCAAGCUUGCCUACAACUAUUUUUUAUAUUUUUGAAGAUAUAUUUUACAAUCUCAAAACUCACAGCUAGAAGACUCAGAAGAGUUCAGGUUAUGAGUCACUACUAUGCCUCGCAGAUGGCUAUAAAUCAUAACUGAAAACAGCAAAAGGUCAGAGGUUAAUUUUCAUCCAACAAGAAUCAUUAAACUAAACAAAGCCCGGGUCUUAAAUAUAUACAUGAAUUUAAUCAUAAAGAGAUACAUACACGGUCAGCAUCAUCUACAGAAUGCUUAAGAGUAAAGGGGAUAUUCAGAGAAUUAAAAACAACACUAGGUAGGGGAAAAAAUCCCUUGCAAGAAAAAAAAUGCUCUAAAAAUCUUGAUUAAAAAUGAUAACCCCAGCUGACUUUUCUUCCUGUACUUAUAAUGGCUUUUUAAACUGAAAAAGAGUUUAGAAAUUGGCUGCCUCAGCAGCCAUGGAGGUGAUUAAGGAUCCUAGGUGGAGGCAGAAUAAAUCUGUCAUGCAGAGACCAGAGAAGUGUUCUUGACUCUACUCCUCAGCGGACAAUGCAUCAUUUCCCCUCCUCAGUGUGACGGAAGAUGGAGAUUAAUUAGAAGCCAAAGCCACAAACACAGAAGUCACAUUAUUUGUAAUAAUGACUCGAUUAGAUUCUGCAGCAGCAGAUUAGCUAGUAAUUCAGAAAUUCCACUCCCUCUACAUUUUCCCCAAGGUGAAGGGGAUAGGGGGAAGAGAGGAUGUUUUGCAAUGGUUAGAGCUGAGGGACAGAGAGUCAGGAUUCUGGGUUUCUAAGUGCUAACAGCCCCCUGUGAGGUGCUGAGCACCUUCAACUCCCAAUGAAGGACUUUGCAAGAGCUCAGCACCUUGCAAUAUCAGACCCUUAAUCUCACAGUCUCCGUUUAGCCAUCAGUUUAGUACAUCACUUAUACACUUUAAUGCUAACAGUAUUCCCACCAAUUCACCUGUCAUAAUGGCUACAAAAGUAGAUAUUCUUUUAGAUUUCCUAACUCCAACCUCAGGCAACGCAAAAGUGACUCCAUUUACCAUAUGUAAACUCAUAAACCAAGGGUAUUGGAGCCUUCCCAAACGUGGGGGGGCUAGGAGGGCCUGCCCCCCUGAGGCCCCUUCCCUCCCCGAGGCCCCGCCAAGCUGGAAGCCAGAGCGAGACUGGGGAGCCCACCUGGGGUGAGGCUGAAAGCAGCCCCCUGCUUGUGUCCCCAUCCCCCAGGGCAGGUGGAGGGACCCAGGCUCUCCACAGCUGCCCUCAUGGCUCUCCCUGACUUGGCUCCGGCUGAACGUGGAACCUUGGAACCGCAACCUGGCCAUGAUAAGAGCCAUUGCUAGCUUUUGUGACUGUAUUAUGAAUCUUGCCAUAUUUGGUAUUUUUCUUAAAGCCCCAGUUCUUGUGUGUCCUCUGAUGAUGUAAGAAUUUUUGCUUUCAUUUAAAAACCUGUUUCUAGCCCCCAUGAUUGUAGAGAAAAGCUUGAAAAUGUUAAGGCUAAAAGCUCAGAAGGGAAAAAAAGAAUCCAACAUUCUUUUUUUUUUUAAUCUCAUAAUUUUUUAAAGCUAAAUCUGAUUCAUGACCUUUGAAUGUUUGAGCUUGGCCAUAUUGCACUAAGGAAGUGGAAAAUAAUAUCUGAAAUCUUUUUAUGUAGUAGGUGGCUGCUAACAAAAUACUUGCAUUCAUUUAACUUGGGUUGCAUAUGCUGGAUGGGCCAAGAAUUUGUUGGAGGGGAAUCAUAGAAUCAUACAAAUGUAGGGCUGGAAGGAUGUCAUGAGAUCAUCAAGUCCAGCCCCCUGCACUAUUAAAGGCCGGAUGCAUUUUUGUAAAGUAUUCUUAUUAGUCAUGGCUUUAAAAUUGAAACUGGACAAGAUGGCAGUGUUUGCUUGAACCACCUAACCUCUGAGCCGAUGUUCAUUCUGCGGGGGAAAGCGUUAAGUGGAUCCUGAUGACUCAUUGAGGCAGGUGACUCAUUAUCCCACCGGAUAUAAGGGAGGAGGAAGUGGCUCUUGGAGGAGAGAGGAUUUAAAGUAUAAACUGAUCAGGCCUGAAAUCAGAAUCCUAGGAGUAGCCAAACCUAAGGAGAUAGUUGAGAUGAACUAUGUGUUACUAAUUUCUUAAUAAAGUCAAGCCAGAGGAAAAAUGUGGAGUUUUGACUCUAUACCAUGCAUGGACUUUGUUUUAGGGCAAGCUGGGAAAGACAUUUUCUCACAGGGACAAUAAAAAGCUGUCAGCUGAUGGAAUGCAGAUACUACUUGUCUUCUCAGCUCUUUGGGGCAGGCAUUAUCAUUCUGAUCUGUGUUUGUACAAUGGGGUGCCUGGUGCUGGCCUGUGACUGGAACU